AUGGCCCCUUCUACUCCUACACCCAGCCCUUUCGCCGCCAUGAGGAACUUUGGUGGUAUGGUGUCAUCUGCUCUUUCUUUCGGCGACAGAUCUCGCCAAGUCUCCUCCCUCGGCCUCGGCACUCUCUCUCUGGGGGAGCCGUCUGGCGCUGCCCCGCCCCCUCGCUCCGCCUCUCCCUCCGCUGGUUCUCCCGUCCCCGUAACGGGUUCUCCUGGAGGGCCUCCUCCUGCCGCCACUCCUCGCCGUAGGACGCCCGCCUUUCGUCCUGGUGAGUCUCCGUCCUCCUCCGACCAGGACUCGCUCAGUGGGGGCUCGGAGUCGGGUGAUCGACCCGACACCGAAGAAAGUGAGGAUGAUGAUGAUGGGGAGGGUAGGAUCGAUAGUGAGGGUGAAAGCGAGUUAGAAGAAUACCCGGAUGAUGAUGUGGAGGUGAUUAGUGUAGAGGACAACAACGUAGAUAGUCCUGAGCCCGCUCCUGCCCCUCCCCCUGCUCAAAUUGUGGGCCAGAAACGACGCCGUUCCCUCUCCUCUUCUUCUUCUUCCUCUUCUUCUUCCUCUUCCGGGCUUCUCCCCCCCCCCAACGCCAUCGCCGCUGCCGCCGCUGCUGCCCCCGCCCGCCCUGCCGCCGCCAUCGCCCGCUCUGCCGCCCCCGCCGCCGCCGCCGCCGGUCCUGCUGCCGCCGCCCCCGUCGCUGCUCCCCCCCCUUCUCCCAGAGGGGAGCCUUCGCCCAAACGGGUGAAGAGAUCACUGCGGGAAGAAGAGUACUUGUGGGAGAAGAUGAAGUCUGAGCCUGGUCGUUGGAUCGCGGUUGGUGUUGACGAAGCGUGUGAUCGUUGCCGGCAGUCAGGCCACACAACAAAGCCCUCCGUUGUGCUUCAUGCACGUCUGGCCCCUGCUCCUUCUGUCCCGUCUCCUCUGCUCGGGACAUCCCGCCCCGUCCCUCCGACUCUUCGCCUUUCCCCCCUCCUCAGACUCCAGCGUCUGUCCCCCGUUCGCGGGUACCUCCUUCGUCUCUCCGGUCGGUUCGCCGUACUUCGCCGGACCUCCGCCCGUCGCCUCCGUCGCCGUCGUCCUUCGGCCUCUGCUCCUUCGGCCUCUGCUCCUUCGGCCUCUGCUCCUUCGGCCUCCCGUCCUUCGGCCUCUCGUCCUUCGGCGCCACGUCCGUCCUCUCCAGUGGUAGCUUCUCCUCCGGCUCACAGCACCCGAAGUCGGCGUCCUUCUGUUCCUCCGGCCGCUUCGGCGGCCCCUCCCGUCACCCCUCCCUCUGCUUCCCAGAAGACACCGAAGUCUUCUUUAAAGAAAUCAAAAGGGAAAUCUAAAGAGAAGGAGGUUGCCUUCAAUGAUGGUGAUGUGGAAGGUGAAGAUACUCAGCGUGCUGGUCCCUCUGCUCCCCGGUUGUCCCUCGUCCACCCUCGUAUCUCCCUGGACGUCCGUAUUCCUGAGGACGAAAAGGAAUUCGCCACUUAUCGUUCUCUCGUCCUCGGUCUCACUACUCAGCUCGAGGCCGCCCGAAAUGAUACAUCUCUCCUGCUUGACUUCUCUUCUCGUCAAGCUAACGCUUUAAACAAUCUUACUGCGGCGUUAGUAGAUGUAGUCAACACUGGGGCUCUGGACGACGAAGCAAGGACGAGGUUAGCGGACGUCUCUCGCCGAAGCCUUACUGAGAUAGCCGAUGUUCGCCGAAGAUUGUUCGACACCCCCUUCCUAGUCACUCCUAUGGCGUAUGAGCCACCACCGUCCCUUGACUGGUUAGGUCGCCGUAGUAGUUCUCGUGUCCCAGCUUCCGCCCAGGCUGCUCUCGACCUCCUCAGUCUUCCCUUCGAGUGUCUACGGACCAUACGUUCUCUGUGGAGGACUCCGAGCAUGCAAGCUGCUCGAGAUGUCCAGGACUUCGGUGACUUCUUCGGGGCUAUGAAUCGGGCAUGGAAUGCUUCUCUCUCUACUGCGUUCCCGUCUGAGACUCUCGAUCUACCUUCGGUCAUCGGUAGCCUCCACACCAAUCCCGCGGGACCGAGUAGUUCGAAGGAGAAAGGAAAAGGAAAAGGUAAGGGUAAGAGUAAGGACAAGUGA